CUUGGGUGAUGCCCCUGCCUGCCUCGGGUGGCAUGGUACGGGGCUGCCCGCCGGUUGUAGGCCCUCCCAAGGUUGGCCCUGGUUCUCCACCCCGGCCCUGCUGGCGUUGCUGAGGCUGCCCCUUGUCUCCCCAGCCGGUUGUGGUGGCAGAGGCCUCCCCAGGCCCCUUCCCUUCUCUGGCGGGCAUGGAAUUUGCAGAGCUGAUCAAGACCCCUCGAGCAGACAACGUUGUCCUGCACCGCCCUUUCUACCUGGCCGUGGAGGGGACUCUCUGUCUGACUGGCCAUCACCUCAUUUUUUCUUCGCGGCGUCAAGAUAAUGCUGAGGAGCUGUGGCUGCUGCACUCCAACAUUGAUUCUAUUGAAAAAAGGUUUGUGGGCUCAUUGGGCACCAUCAUUAUAAAAUGCAAAGAUCUGCGAAUUAUUCAGCUGGAUAUACCUGGGAUGGAGGAAUGUUUGAACAUUGCUAGCUCUAUUGAGGCGCUUUCCACCUUGGAUUCUGUCACUCUCAUGUAUCCCUUCUUCUACCGGCCCAUGUUUGAUACUGUUGAAGAUGGCUGGCGCUCUUUUCUGCCUGACCAAGAAUUUGAGCUCCUCAGUUCAGUGACAGAUGAAUGGCGUCUAAGCUGCAUCAAUAAGGAAUUCUCUGUCUGUCCCUCCUACCCUCCAGUUGUCAUUGUCCCCAAAUCCAUCGAUGAUGAAGCACUUCGGAAAGUGGCCAUGUUUCGCCACGGCAGCCGCUUCCCAGUGCUCAGCUACUACCAUAAGAAGAACGGGAUGGUCAUGAUGCGAAGUAGCCAGCCUCUUACAGGUACGAAUGGCAGACGGUGUAAAGAAGAUGAGAAGCUUAUUAAUGCCACACUACGGCCUGGCAAACGUGGCUACAUCAUUGAUACAAGGUCCUUGAAUGUUGCCCAGCAGGCCAGGGCCAAAGGAGGUGGCUUUGAACAAGAAGCACACUAUCCCCAGUGGAGAAGGAUUCACAAAUGUAUUGAGAGGUUUAAUAUUCUGCAGGAAAGCCUCAUCAAACUUGUGGAAGCUUGUAAUGACCAGUCACACAAUAUGGACCGCUGGCUCAGUAAACUGGAAGCUUCCAACUGGCUGACUCACAUCAAGGAGAUACUAACUGCAGCUUGUCUAGCAGCUCAGUGUAUUGAUAGGGAAGGUGCAUCAGUGUUAGUCCAUGGGACUGAAGGAACUGAUUCGACACUCCAGGUGACUUCUCUGGCACAGAUUAUCUUGGAUCCAAGCUGCAGGACCAUACGUGGCUUUGAAUCUCUUGUUGUGAGGGAGUGGCUGCAGGCUGGUCACCCUUUUCAGCAGCGCUGUGCCCAAUCAGCUUAUUCAAACAGCAAGCAGAAAUGGGAGGCCCCGGUGUUUCUCCUCUUUUUGGACUGUGUGUGGCAAAUCCUUCGUCAGUUCCCUUGCUCUUUUGAAUUCAACGAACAGUUCCUCAUUAUGCUCUUUGAACAUGCUUACGCUUCACAGUUUGGGACUUUCCUGGGAAACAACGAAAAUGAAAGGUCUAAACUGAAGCUGCCGCAAAAGACUAUGUCCCUGUGGUCCUGGGUGAACAGGUCUGAAGAGCUGAGCAAAUUCCAGAAUCCUCUUUUUGAGGCCAACAGCCUUGUCAUCUGGCCUUCGGUUGCCCCACAGAGCCUGCAGCUCUGGGAAGGUGUCUUUCUUCGGUGGAACAGGCCUUCCAAGUUCCUAGACGAAGCCCACGAAGAAAUGAACAACAUCAUAAAAUACAACAAGGAACUUCAGGCAAAGGUUAAUGCAUUGAGGAGGCAGCUAGCAGAGAUGGAAACAGAUGACAAGAUGCAGGAGAACCUGUGAGCUGGCAGGGCUUUGCCUCGGGUCUUUCCUUUCCAGUCCCCUUUAUGUUAAAGACUAAACAUGGAAAGUGCAUGUAUUGCAGAGCCCUCCGGGUACAGCUGACCCUCAGUCCUACCGCUGCUGAAACUUUCACUUCACACUAUGUACCGCCCUGCUUUUGGGGAGGGAUUUUUGUUUUGUUUACAGAAGACAUACACAACUGGGCAUAGUGUCUUCUCUUGGCAGCUUUUCUGUCUUGAAAUUGUGUACAGUGUCAGCUGAAGCUGGAACUCUUACCUCCACCCAACUGUAUGGAUGACCAGGAUGGGCCAAGAGACAGGAUGUUUCAAAUUUAUUUUGGACUUUUUCCAGUUUUGUUGAAUUUUCUGAACACUUGGCAGGAUUAAAGUACUAAGUUCUGUAGAGAUAGGUAAAGGCAUCUUGUCUGAAAGCACCUUUUCUCUCCAAGAGCAAGGAAGGCAGCUUAGUUCUUUAGUUUCCUAGAAAAACUAGAAACUGGUAUAACCUAACUACAGGUUCUACCAGUCUAUAUGAUACUCUCAGUAGCCUUCACAUCUAACACUUGGGGGUUUGUGUUAAACAUCGGCCUGGGAGCAGUUAAGUCGAGUACCAAACCAAGAGCAAGAAAUUUCAGUGCAAUACAGAACUGAAGUAGGGAUUCUGCUGCUAAUGUUUAAGCCAUGACCUUCAGGUGGAAUUGUCCCCCAUGGACAAAUAUCUCCUAAGGAAUAACAAACUUUUUUUGUUCUAUCUGGAAAAGAAAAAGGUUAAGUAGUUGGCAGAGGUGUUCACUGGCAAAACAGUGGCUCGGAGCUGUCCUUUUAACUAGAGUUGAGUUGCCCUCUUGAAACUUGGGGCUGUGCUGGCUGGUUUUGUACACGUGAACAGGUUCACAGCGUUGCUGGGGUGCAAGAGCAACACUUAAUCUACAGCUCAACAAAACACUUCUGCUCCACCUGGUGCGCUUUUUCCUCUCAUGCUCUUCCUGUACGUUUUGUGAAACAUCAAAAGCAGGAGCUGGGAGUUAAGGUGAUCUAACAUAUCAGGUAGCUGCUGCAGAUUAAGAGGCCGUCCUGCUGUAAAAAAUGCUAAUAGUUCAGAUCAUUCGUAGCUGCUAAAACUGCUUAAAGACUUUAGGGAUAAGCUGUUUUCCCCAAGUAACUUUGUAUUUUGUAGCUGAUCUUUGCGUUUCUGUGACUGCAGCCUGCUUUUAUAAAAUCAAGAGCUUUUGCUAGAGACUUUUUUUUUUUCCUCCUUUAAAAAGACAGGUAAGAGCAGGUCUGAAAAAUUAACUCACUGAGGCAUUUGUUCAGCUUGAUCCACUGGUAGCUGUACAAGACUGAAAAGAUGUGAAUUAGCAAUGGUGUACGUGGCUGGGGUUAUCUUAAAAGGCUCUUGCUGUUAGCCUGUGCCUGCUGGAAUGAAGGGGGCUGCAUUAGGUCAGUGUUGAUCUCUUUGGAAACUGUUGAGCUUCCGCCACACUUUAUGCUGUUUUGGAAUGAAGCUGCCUUUAUUUAAAAGCCACUUCACAUGCAGAUAGGUAUAUGUGAAAAUGCAGGAUCUUUAGUUGCCACAGAAGUAUCUGGAGAGCAAUCUGCAAAAAUCAUGUAGCCGUAUUCCAAGGAAAGUUCUGUAACUAAGGAAGCUCUUUAAAACGCUGUGAUGGUGAUUAAGUGCUACCUUAAUGCCUUUUGCUUUCAGUCCUUCAUUUUCUUCUUGACUACCUAAAUUUAGUCCUGAAGUCAUCUGGCUUAAAAAAUAAAAAGAUCUCUUUUAAACCAUUGUUCACUGAAGGCAGCAGAAUAAUUCCCCCCACUUGUAAUAUCAAUUUCUUUUUAGGUUUGGAGAGCGACAGUCUCUCUCACUAUAUCAAGUCUGAGAUGGGGAACGCUUCUCAGGGUGGCUGGUGGUCUGUGCUGCCGAACAGGGGAGGCACAAGUUGGCCGUGCCUUCCUCCUGCCUCCAAACCCUGGCUUCUGGAGCUCCCUUCUGGGCAUAUUGCAAAUGUGAGCCCUUCAAAUUAUUGCUCGCCCUUUUAAAACUAUGUCUGUGGGAUCUGCACCUGCCUGGAUGCUGUAUCCCUAUCCAAUUUGGAAUUUCUACUGUUCCUGUACAUCUGAAAUACGUUGUCGCUCUCCAGAUGGGAAGGAUUCAGAAGGCACUAUUUUCCCCAUAAUAGACUAUACAUAAAACACACUUAAAGGUUAUGCAAUUCCCUAACAUAGUAAUUAUAUAUUGAGCUAAAUAAUAGAGAAGCAAAGAGGGUUGGGUUUUUUUUUUUGAUCUAAUUGCCUGGCUGCUCUAGUCUCAUGCAAACUGCAGGCAUCUGAGGAAACUGGGUAACCAGCUGUGACAGCUAACAAAAGGCAGAAAAUUCUCUCUGAGCUGGCAUUUCAUCCUCGACUUGUGUUUCAGGCCUGAAUCCCCACCCAAGUGCUGCCUGCUUGCCUUGGCUUAGUAGUAGUGUGGAUCACAGCCUUCCUCUGAAAACGCUAGUGUCGUUCUGAGCAGCCACCGUGGUUUCUUCCCCGAUUCCUCUGCCACAUGUCGCCUUGUAGUCACUGCAGACAGCAGGAGCUGGAGGCUUAAAUUAACCUGGAAAUAGUAGUCACCUUUGGGAGGAGCUCCCGGAGCAGUCCUGCAAGGUAUUUCACAUGGUGGAGUUGAGACAAGAUGUAUGGACCCUCGCAGGUCCUCCCGGGGGAAGACUGUUCCCAGACCUCUUGUGUCAGGCUACUUGCACAUUCCCCUUUCCAUUCCCAGUGCUUCCCAGGCUCCGGUCUGGUGGCCGCUGGUGGUAACACACAGCGGAGCCCUCCAGUUCCUUGUUUACCUGCGUGUCCACCAUAUUUAUUCACAUAUUUAAGAUUGAUGAUCGGCUUGCUUCCUCUUAGAGGGGGAUGUCUGCAGGAUUCUGCCCUGUGAAGUCACCCACACGUCGUCUGCAGGUUACCUGCAUCUUCCUGAGCUGUAAGCGCUGCGGCAGUGCCCAGCUCUGGCUCUUCGGUCUGACGCUGCCUUAUGCUCUUGCUGACACCCCUGAUUCUGCUCUUUUUUUGCACGUAGCUAUUUGUGCAAUAAGCUGGACACUGAGGGCCCCCUCCCCCAAACGCUGGCGUCUAUCAAUACGGACACUCUGCCAUUUACCAAAAACAAAAAAAAAAAAAAAAGGGAAAAGGAACUAACUUGCACAGUUUUCAUAAGGGAAUAUGUACCUUCAAUAUUUUUGAUUGUAUUGAUCUAACUCUUGAAUGUGGCGACCAGUUUUAAGUGCACUAUUGUCCAUGUUGCAUAUGAUAUAACUUCAAUUGCACUGUACAGCAUAUUGGCGUCUAAUGUCUGCUUUGCUAAAGCCUCGGAAAGUGCUGUCGUGUACAGGCUCCUGUAUGAGGGGAAAAUGUCUAUACUAGCACUCCCUUUUUCUGUAACUGUGUGACGUUGAAUAGCUGAUGUGUGCUACGUAUCUGUGAACUAGUACAAACUUAAGUGAUGAGUGCACUUCUGUCCAAACAUCUGGAAUUGCUAAUUGGACUUGGCUGCUGCAUCAGUCUUUUUUUAUUUAAAAAAAAAAAAAAAAAAGAAAUAAGUGACAGGGCUGGGAGUCGUGUGCUAUUGUUAGAUGUAUGCUGUGCGUGUACAGAAUCCCAGCUGCUGUGGCGUUGAAUAUAUUGCAAAAAAA